CAAGAUGUCUGAAACGCAAUUUGUGUGCGAUCUGUGCGGUCAGCGCUACUCCACGUUCGAGAUCCUGAUGACGCACAACCGGUUGAAGCACUAUCACACGAUCAAGUUCGGUUGUGGAUACUGCAACGAGACGUUCCGCCAUGAGGAUGAUCUGUACUGCCACUUCGUCCUGACGCAUCAUGUCGAUCCGUACGCAAAGACAAGGUGUAACAGUAGUGAGUCGGAAGCAGAGUCUGAGGUGUACGGUAGUCCGCGGGAUACGCUUAUCCAACAGGCAGAGGAAACGUGUGGCCAGAUGCGUUUGAUCAGUGAAAGUGACGAUGGAAUGGAAUCGAUUGGUAGCUGCUCGGGUGAGAGUUCGGAUGAGGAAGCGAGCAGUGAUCUGGAGCUAAACUACAACGAGCUGUACAUGAGACGGAAACGCAGUGCUAUGACGCAGGAAGAAAUAUCGGAGCUGACUGACGUGUUUAAGAAGUCGGUCCAGUCGACCUACUCGACGAAGCUGCGAUUAUAGCAAAAGGGGUGACAUUGAUAGCCUGUA